AUGGGCCGAUUGCCUUACAAGGCGCCCUGUAGGGCCACGGCCACGUGCCGCGUGCUCGGCUGCCAGCGGGCAGCAAGGCUGUGCACGGAGGAGGCGGGGCUGCCAGGGCGCGGGAGGGGGGCUUGGCGCGGCGGCCACUGCCCAGGGGCGACGCUGCGGCUUCGCCGGGGCCCCAGUGGCGGCCCACAGGGGACUUCUUUGUGCCGUUGCAGGGUCAGCCACCCCAACAUCGUGGCUCUGGAAGAUGUCCACGAGAGCCCUUCCCACCUCUAUCUGGCCAUGGAGCUGGUGACAGGGGGUGAGCUGUUCGAUCGAAUCAUGGAGCGUGGUUCCUACACGGAGAAGGACGCUAGCCACCUGGUGGGCCAGGUCCUUGGCGCUGUCUCCUACCUGCACAGCCUGGGCAUCGUGCACCGAGACCUCAAGCCUGAAAACCUCCUCUAUGCCACCCCCUUCGAGGACUCCAAGAUCAUGGUCUCUGACUUCGGCCUCUCCAAAAUCCAGGCUGGCAACAUGCUAGGCACCGCUUGUGGGACCCCAGGCUAUGUGGCCCCGGAGCUCUUGGAGCAGAAACCCUAUGGGAAGGCUGUAGAUGUGUGGGCCCUGGGUGUCAUCUCCUACAUCCUGCUGUGUGGGUACCCCCCCUUCUACGACGAGAGCGACCCUGAACUCUUCAGCCAGAUCCUGAGGGCCAGCUACGAGUUUGACUCUCCCUUUUGGGAUGACAUCUCAGAAUCAGCCAAAGACUUCAUCCGGCACCUUCUGGAGCGAGACCCUCAGAAGAGAUUCACCUGCCAGCAGGCCUUACAGCAUCUUUGGAUCUCUGGGGAUACAGCCUUUGACAAGGACAUCCUGGGUUCUGUCAGUGAGCAGAUCCAGAAGAAUUUUGCUCGGAAUCACUGGAAGCGCGCAUUCAAUGCUACCUCCUUCCUUCGCCACAUCCGCAAGUUGGGGCAGAGCCCAGAGGGUGAGGACGUCUCUGGAAGAAGGGUGAUGAGCCGCAGCCACCCGGGCCUCCCGACUGGCCAGCCUCCUGAGUGGUGACAGCCAGGUGCAUGCUGGGAGAUGGCUCCUUGACGAACUCCAGAAGUGGCAGGCCUCAGGCGGCCUAGAGCUCAGUGGGCUG